CAUCGACCAUCAAUUUUUCCUCAGUCGUCGCUAUGCGAUGCGUCAUGGAAGAGCAAGCGCCGCCAUAUCACCAACACUCUCCCGCCACCGCCAAUCUCCAUCCAAAACCUCACCAUUCCCGCAGCAGCUCUGCGACAUCCUAAUCACCGCUUCUCUCUCCAAAACCUUAUCCCAAUCCGGCACACGAAACCUCGACGCGAACUCCACCCCGAUCUCCGAACCAAUCGUCCUCCAGAUCCUCCGUCGAAACUCCUUAGACCCCUCAAAGAAACUAACCUUCUUCCGAUGGUGCCUCUCUCUGCGCCCCGUAUACAAACACUCCUCCUCAGCUUACUCCCAGAUCCUCCGCACCGUCUGCCGCGCAGGUCUCCUCGGAGAAGUCCCCGAUCUCCUAACCUCCAUGAAGGAAGACGCCGCUAAUCUCGAUCAGACCACGUCGAAGCUGCUUUUGGAUUCGCUGAUCCGUUCUGGUGAGUACGAUUCGGCGCUUGGAGUUUUGGAUUACAUGGAGGAGGAGCUAGUAGGAGGCUGCGUAAACCCCACCGUGUACGACUCUGUUCUCAUCGCUCUCGCGAGGAAGAAGGAGCUCCGUCUCGCUCUUUCCAUCUUCUUUAAGCUUCUAGAAGGUUCGUUGAGUUAUUAUCUCCCUGGUAACCUCGCUGCUAACGAGCUUUUGGUUGGUUUAAGGAGAGGUGAUAUGAAGGAAGAGUUCAAAACGGUUUUCGAGAAGUUAAAAGGAAUGAAACGGUAUCGUUUUGAUACGUGCGGUUAUAACAUAUGUAUCCACGGGUUUGGCACGUGGGGUGAUUUGGAAUCCGCGUUGAGUUUGUUUAGAGAGAUGAAAGAGUCUGCUGAUAUAUGCACGUAUAACAGUUUGAUUCAUGUUCUGUGUUUGGGUGGGAGAGUGAGAGAUGCGUUGGUUGUGUGGGAGGAGCUGAGAGUCUCUGGUCACGAGCCUGAUAACUCGACGUACCGUGUGCUGAUACAAGGGUGUUGCAAGUCUUAUCGGAUGGACGAUGCGAUGAGGGUGUUUGGGGAGAUGGAGUAUAAUGGGUUUGUUCCUGAUACUGUUUUGUAUAACUCUGUUUUGGACGGGAUGUUUAAGGCGAGGAAGGUUGUUGAGGCUUGUGAGUUGUUUGAGAAGAUGGUUACGGAAGGGGUUAGAGCGUCUUGCUGGACGUAUAAUAUUCUGAUUGAUGGGUUGUUUAGGAACGGGAGGGCUGAGGCUGGGUUUACUUUGUUUUGUGAUUUGAAGAAGAAGAAGGGUCAGUUUGUGGAUGGUGUUACUUUUAGUAUUGUUGUGUUGCAGCUUUGCAGGGAAGGGAAGGUGGAUGGAGCUGUGAAGUUGGUUGAGGAGAUGGAAGCUAGAGGCUUCUCUGUUGAUUUGGUUACGAUUAGUUCGCUUUUGAUUGGGUUUCACAAACAAGGGAGGUGGGAUUGGAAAGAGAAGUUGAUGAAGCACGUAAGGGAAGGGAACUUGGUGCCUAACGUUCUGAGAUGGAACGCUGGAGUGGAAGCUUCGCUGAAACGUCCACAGGGGAAAGAUAAAGAUUACACACCAAUGUUCCCAAGUAAAGGAAGCUUCCUAGACAUCAUGAGCAUGGUGAAUUCAAAAGAAGCUGAGGAGGAAGCAUCACCUUUGGAAGAUGAUCCCUGGUCAUCAUCUCCAUACAUGGACCAAUUAGCCCACCAGGUUAAUCAACCUAAGCCCUUGUUUGCUCUAGCAAGAGGGCAGAGAGUGGAAGCAAAGCCAGAUUCUUUCGACGUAGACAUGAUGAACACGUUCCUAUCUAUUUACCUCUCCAAAGGUGAUCUAAGUCUAGCCUGCAAAUUGUUUGAGAUAUUCAACGAUAUGGGCGUGACCGAUCUCACGAGCUACACCUACAACUCAAUGAUGAGCUCCUUCGUCAAGAAAGGUUACUACAAAACCGCCCGUGGAGUCCUCGACCAAAUGGGCGACAACUUCUGCGCAGCGGAUAUCGCAACAUACAAUGUAAUAAUCCAAGGGCUAGGAAAAAUGGGAAGAGCCGACUUAGCCAGCGCGGUGCUCGACAGGCUCACGGAGCAAGGAGGGUAUCUAGACAUUGUAAUGUACAACACGUUGAUCAACGCGCUGGGGAAAGCCAACCGGUUAGACGAAGCGACCAGGCUGUUUGAUCACAUGAAGAGCAACGGGAUUAACCCAGACGUUGUGAGCUACAACACGAUGAUCGAAGUGAAUAGUAAAGCAGGGAGGUUGAAAGAAGCAUACAAGUACUUGAAAGUGAUGCUAGACGCAAACUGUUUGCCUAAUCACGUAACGGAUACGAUCCUGGAUUAUCUUGGUAAAGAGAUGGAGAAAGCAAGAUUCAAGAAAGCUUCUUUUGUACGGACCAAACCAAACAAUGAUCCUUCUUCAUCUUAAAAGUAUUCUUGUUUUUUCAAUACAAGUCAAUAAAAAUUAUUAACAAAAAGA